AUGGCACACAUUUUUGAGAGUGACACUGACUCAGGGUCAGAGUUCUCAGGGUUUGGCUCGUCUGACAUUGAUGUUCCCCUUGAUCAUCAUGAUGAGCCUGACUCGCCUGUAUCUUCCGACGAAAGUGAUGUUGAUGAACCGGCCCACAAGGCCGAAUGGACACAGGACUUCACACCUUUCGUGAUUGAUAAUUUUCAUGGAGAACCAGGCCCACAGCUGCCAGAUGACUUCGACACUUUGACUGCGACACCCCUGGAGUACUUCCUCCUCAUAUUUCCUGUCCAGUUGAUACAGGCCCUGGUUGCGCACACCAACGCGUACUCCGUGUGGAAGAUCGCACAGAAUGGCCCUGAUGACCACUGGGAGGACGUCACCUUUGCGGAGAUGAGGGCCUUUCUUGGGAUCAACAUACUGAUGGGGAUCUCCCAGUUACCCCACACGGAGAUGUACUGGUCCACUAACCCGUUCUUUGAUAACGCUGGAGUACAGAGGGUUAUGACCUGCAACCAAUUUCAGAAGAUCUUGCAGUACUUCCACGCCUCAGAUCGAAGUGCAGAGGUUGGGCGAGGUCUUCCUGAUUAUGACAAACUGUACAAAGUUCGGUCUGUGAUGGAUGUUUUACUUGGCACCUUCCGGAGGUAUUACACCCUGUCACGCGAAGUAGCUGUCGAUGAAGCCAUGGUGAAGUACACAGGCCGACUUUCGUUCCGGCAAUAUAUGCCUGCCAAACCAAUCAAGCGUGGAAUUAAAGUUUGGAUGUUAUGUGACUCCGCCAACGGGUACUUGGCCAAGCUAGAAGUAUACCUUGGUCGGGAAAACAACAGGACCGAACAUGGACUGGGUCAUAAUGUUGUCACUCGGCUGACCAGUUUCCUGCGGAAUACAUUUAGAUGGGUGUUUUUUGACAAUGUUUUUAUUGGCCUUCCACUUGUGCAAAGUUUAUUUCAAAAUGGAUUGUACUCGUGUGGGACUGUAAGAAUGAACAGGAAAGGAUUUCCUCCUGGACUUAAAAAACCCCGGGAAGUGCGCGAGAGGGGGGAUUUCAAAGUGAUGCAGCAGGGAGAUACAAAUGUGACUGCCUCAGUAUGGAUGGAUCGUAAACCCGUGCAUCACUUGUCCUCCCUCUCAGACCCUGAAGAUGUUCGCCAGUGUACAAGGAGGAGUGGACCGGGUAUUUUGAACCUCAUGCAACCCCACAGUGUGUCCAUGUACAACCGGUUCAUGGGCGGUGUUGACCUCCACGACCAGUUGCGUGCCAAGUACCCAGUGGGCCGAUCGUCAAAGAAGUGGUGGCGCCAUCUCUUUUGGUUUCUUCUGAACAGUGCAAUCGUCAAUUCAUUUAUUCUGUUCAAGACGUUAAGUACAAGGCCAACCAAGAAGAAGAGAUUUACACACCUGGACUUUCGAAUGGAAUUAAUUAACGAACUUAUUUCUGGCCAUUGCAAGCGCAAGAGGUCCACAUAUGAAAAUCGCCCCCCACUAGUCCUGGCAGCUGAGAACGUGGAUAAGCACAGGAACGUACGAAGGGAAAUGAAAAAGUCAACAUGCAAGUACCAUUCGCAUGUGUUGCGGCAACGUAGAGAGACUCAGGGCAACGUUGAUGAUUCUUAUUGUUACCGCAGUUCCCACACUGAUUGGUAUCAGGUCGGACACCUCCUCUGUGCCCACGGGAAUGUUGACUCUGACCGCGACCUCGAGUAUGUUUGGAGUAUGUAUUGGAGCGACCACGACCAUGACCCCGAUGUCCACGGCCACGCUGGUGUAUCGCGUUGA